AUUUCUAGGGGCGCUAGUGAAGUAACUAAGGCAACGUCAAGCCAAUUUGUAACUUUUUGAUAUACAGAAAGCACAGCGUGACAGUCGGAAGUGAAUGUUUUGUUGUUAGUUUAACAGUCUAACCCUUUAUCUUUAAUCAACAAAAAAAAGUAGUUUAGCUAAAAACAACACUGUCGAGUAUGGGACGCUGAGGUGGGUAACAUCUGCGUGUAGCUAACUUAAGCUAACACAGCUCGAUGGUGUAAUGUGAACCAGGGAAUCAAGUAAGAGUUUUCUUUGUUGAGCUUACAUCAAAUUAAGGAUGGAGAAGGAACAGCACAACACUGUGGUCUUCAAUUGUUCCAAAAGAGAGCUGUUCACUGCGAACAAUGGAUAUAAAUCCGUGCAGAAAAGACUCAGAGCUCAGUGGAAAAUACAAAGCAUGAAGGAGGAGCUGUCUUUGGAGAGGCUGAAAGGUGUCAAGUUGUGGAUAUCUGCUGGUCCUAGAGAGAAGUUCACAGCAUCAGAGCUGGAAGUUCUGAAGCAUUUUCUGGAUGGAGGAGGAAACGUCCUGGUCAUGCUCGGUGAAGGAGGAGAAAUGAAAUAUGACACCAAUAUCAACUUUCUCCUGGAGGAAUUUGGGAUAAUGGUCAACAAUGACGCUGUUGUGAGGAAUGUGUACUACAAAUACUUCCAUCCUAAGGAGGCACUUGUAUCCAAUGGCGUAUUGAACAGAGAGAUUAGUCGGGCUGCUGGUAAAGUGGUCACUGGGAUCAUUGAAGAUGAGAAUGUUGGAAACAAUGCACAGGCUCUUACAUUUGUGUACCCGUAUGGUGCCACCCUGAGUGUGAUAAAGCCUGCUGUGGCUGUGCUUUCAACUGGCUCAGUCUGCUUCCCCCUUAAUAGGCCCGUCAUGGCAUUCCAUCAAGGAAAGGAGGCCGGACAACUGGUGGUGUCUGGUUCCUGCCACAUGUUCAGUGACCAAUACAUAGACAAAGAGGAGAACAGCAAAAUCCUCGAUGUUGUGCUCCAGUGGCUCAUGACUGAUAAUAUUCAGCUGAAUCAGAUCGAUGCUGAAGACCCAGAGAUCACAGAUUACACCAUGUUGCCAGACACAGGGUGCUUGUCCGAACAGCUCAGAGUUUGCUUGCAGGAGGGUGAUGAAAACCCCAGGGACUUCACCUCUCUCUUUGAUAUGACUUUGUUUAAUCUGUCCACUGACACUUUACCCCAAGUCAUCAGCGCUUACAAGCAGCUUAACGUCAAAGACGAACCACUUCAGCUUAUCACACCACAGUUUGAGACCCCUCUGCCACAGCUUCAACCUUCUGUGUUUCCACCUGUAAGUGAUUUGCCUCCACCCAUGCUGGACCUGUUCGAUCUAGAUGAAACAUUCUCUUCUGAGAAAGUGCGCCUGGCACAGCUCACCAAUAAAUGUACAGAUGAUGAUCUUGAAUUCUAUGUGCGGAAAUGCGGUGAAAUUCUUGGGGUGACUCCGAAGUUGGAUAAAGAUCAGAGGGAUGCCAAACAUAUCUUGGAACACAUUUUCUUCCAGGUUGUCGAGUUCAAGAAACUAAAUCAGGAGCAUGACCUGGAAACAGAGGAACCCUUCACUCCAUUGUGAUUGGAUUCAUCCAACUUGUUUAAGGCUCAACUCUUCCUGUUCAUCUGAAAUGUACUGUGACACAGCAGACAGAAGUCUUUCUGAAGUAAAAGGAACUUUCAUCAGACUCUAAGUAGAAACAUUGUACUGUGGUGACUAACAACA